AUGAUCCAGGUUCUCUUGGUAACCAUAUGCUUAGCAGUUUUUCCAUAUCAAGGGAGCUCUAUAAUCCUGGAAUCUGGGAACGUUAAUGAUUAUGAAGUCGUGUAUCCACAAAAACUCACUGCAUUGCCCCAAAGAGCAGUUCAGGCAAAGUAUGAAGACGCCAUGCAAUAUGAAUUUAAGGUGAAUGGAGAGCCAGUGGUCCUUCACCUGGAAAAAAAUAAAGAACUUUUUUCAGAAGAUUACAGCGAGACUCAUUAUUCCCCUGAUGGCAGAGAAAUUACAACAAACCCUCCGGUUGAGGAUCACUGCUAUUAUCAUGGACGCAUCCAGAAUGAUGCUGACUCAACUGCAAGCAUCAGUGCAUGCAAUGGUUUGAAAGGACAUUUCAAGCUUCAAGGGGAGAUGUACCUUAUUGAACCUUUGAAGUUUUCUGACAGUGAAGCCCAUGCAGUCUUCAAAUAUGAAAACGUAGAAAAAGAGGAUGAGCCCCCCAAAAUGUGUGGGGUAACUCAAACUAAUUGGGAAUCAGAUGAGCCCAUCAAAAAGGCCUCUCAGUUAGUUGUUACUGCUGAACAACAAAGAUUCCCCCGAAGAUACGUUAAGCUUGCAAUAGUUGCGGAUCACGGAAUAGUCACGAAACACCAUGGCAAUUUAAAAAGGAUAAGAAAAUGGAUAUAUCAACUUGUCAACACUAUAAAUAACAUGUACAAACCUCUGGAUAUUCUUGUAGCACUGGUUUACCUAGAAAUUUGGUCCAAACAAAAUAAGAUUACCGUGCAGUCAGCAUCAGAUGUUACUUUGCGCUUAUUUGGAGACUGGAGAGAGUCAGUCUUGCUGAAGCAGAGAAGUCAUGAUUGUGCUCAGUUACUCACGACGAUUGACUUUGAUGGACCAACUAUAGGAAGGGCUCACACAGCCAGCAUGUGUGACCCGAAGCAUUCUGUAGGAAUUGUUCAGGAUUAUAGCCCAAUAAAUCUUGUGGUUGCAGUUAUAAUGGCCCAUGAGAUGGGUCAUAAUCUGGGCAUGGAACACGAUGAUAAAGAUAAGUGUAAAUGUGACACAUGCAUUAUGUCUCCCGUGAUAAGCGAUCCACCAUCCGAACUGUUCAGCAAUUGUAGUAAGGAUUAUUACCAGACGUUUCUUACUAAUCAUAAACCAAAAUGCAUUCUCAAUGCACCCUCGAAGACAGAUAUUGUUUCACCUCCAGUUUGUGGAAAUGAACUUUUGGAGGUGGGAGAAGAAUGUGACUGUGGCUCUCCUGAAAAUUGUCAAUAUCAGUGCUGUGAUGCUGCAUCCUGUAAACUACACUCAUGGGUAAAGUGUGAAUCUGGAGAGUGUUGCGACCAGUGCAGAUUUAGGACAGCAGGAACAGAAUGCCGGGCAGCAGAGAGUGAAUGUGACAUUCCUGAAAGCUGCACUGGCCAAUCUGCUGAGUGUCCCACAGAUCGCUUCCAUAAGAAUGGACUACCAUGCCUAUACAACCACGGUUACUGCUACAAUGGGAAGUGCCCCAUCAUGUUUUACCAAUGUUAUUUUCUCUUUGGUUCAAAUGCAACUGUGGCUGAAGAUGAUUGUUUUAAUAUUAAUGAAAGAGGGGAUAAAUAUUUCUACUGCAGAAAGGAAAAUGAGAAAUACAUUCCAUGUGCACCACAGUAAGCAAUCUAAAUUAUUUCCUGCUA